AUGGCUCACUUCUUGAAAUCGAUGCUGAAUCUGCCUUCAAGGGCUGAGCUCGGGCGUAAUGAAGAUCCGGAAUCCUUUGUGACAUCAGAAGGCGCAACCGUACAAGCUUCAGGACAACAAAAUCUUGAAAAUUGCGAAGCUGUGAACCAAAACUUGGAGCCAUCUCAUUCCACGGUCAAAAGUCCCGAAUCCAGAGCCGAAGCCGGCUUCAGUCUCCAUAAAUCCAGCCACAGCAACAACGAUGAUGAGUGCAUUUCGACAGCUGAAGAGAGGUCGCUGAGCAUUGUUGUGGUCGGGAACGCAGCGCAUCGAGGGCAUUGGAGUGGACUUUGGGAUUUUUUGAUGUCCAUGAUCUCGUAUUCCGUAGGGUUGGGGAAUGUGUGGCGAUUCCCGUACUUGGCGUACAAAAAUGGAGGAGGUAGGUCGGUUUUGGGGGUUUUCGAAUAAAUUGGAGCGCUUUUGGAGAGUUGAAACAGAAUGCCAAAAACUGGCGGGAGAAGUUAAAUUUGAAUUUCAAAAAAAAUUGGUCAAUUUUGAUUCAGUGCAUGUAAAAUUACAUUUUAUUUUUAGGCGAUUUUGCUGUUUUUGAAGCGUGAAACAGAAUGCCAAAGAUGGCGGGAAUACUGAAAUUUAUAAUUUCGUAUGAAAAUCAGAUUGUAAAGCAUAUAUUUAUAGCCUAAAUCAUCUAUUUGAACAUUUUUAGGUGUUUUACAGACUUGAAACAGGAUGCCAAAACUGGCGGGAAAACUGAAAUUCAAAUUUUUUACUUACAAGGGAAGUACCCGAAGCACUUACUUUAAGAUUAUAUUCAUACACGACCGUAGAACGUUCGCAUCUCUCCUAAACAGCUUUAAAGCAACUAUUAGAGUGGUUUGCCCAUCUGCAGAGGAAAAACUGUAUAAAUUCGUCAAAGGACGAAACAUUUUACCCCUCGGAUGGCGACAAUCCAAUUAAUAGCGCUAGAAUCAUGUACAGAGUGUAAAAAAGUGAAAAUAACACACAAUAUUCCACAUAAAAGCAACAAAAUAGUCUUGAACAUUAUCAAGAAAAAAAUUCUUGCGAGAAAAAAUAUUUUUUCCUCGAACGGAAUGCCAAGAUCAAGAGAAUUUGCAGGGAAAAUCGUCGGCAUUUGAAGAUUUUUUUCGAUAUUCCGGCCCUUCUUUCUCGGCGGAUUCUGCAAAGCGCGAGCUAGGAUGUUCGCAAUCGAAUAAGAAAAUUCUAAUCUCCAUCUAUGCCAAUUUUUAUAAAAAUCUGAGCGUCGCACUUCGGGUACUUCCCUUGUUAGAUUUUUCCUUAAAGUGAUAUAUGUAUAUGGCUUAAAUCACCUGUUUGAAGGUUUUUAAAAGUGUUUUACAGACUUGCAACAGAAUGCCAAAAAUGUCGGGAAAACCAAAAUUCAAUUUUUUAUUGAAAAAUUGUACUUUUGGGUUGCAAACUAGACCUGAUUCAUUGCAGGAUCGUUUUGGAUCGCCUACGUCAUCUUCUUUUCCCUGAGCGCGAUCCCUGUCUUCUUGAUGGAGGUCAUCGUCGGCCAAUACCUGCAAAAAGGCGCCAUGGAAAUGUGGAAGAUGGCCCCAGUGUUCGCGGGCGUCGGCUACGGCAACAUGGUCAUUUCGGCGAUGUGCGUCUGGUACUACUGCGUCAUCAUCUCGUGGGCCGUCUUCUACAUGUCCCAGGCGUUCCGCUCCGAGUUCCCGUGGGAGACCUGCGAGCAUGAGUGGAACAACGAGUACUGCAUCCGGACUGGCAAUGAGAGCAGCCAAAUCGAGGCGCUCGUCAAUUCGACCGGAUUGAAUGUGACGGCGGUGGAGAAGCGGCUGCAAACGGCGGUGGAGCAGUUCUGGGAGUGAGGAGACAAAGUUUUUCUGAGGUUUUUUUUUAAUUUUUUGUUUUUGUAAAAACGGGAUUUUUUAAAAAAAAAUUAUUAGUGAAAAUCAGCAAAGUCACUAUUGAAUCACUAGACUGCCCGUAUUUUACCCCAAAUUGUCCGUUUUCAGACGCCGAGUUCUUCAACAAACUGACACAUUCUUGGAUAUGGGCGGAGUUCAAUGGGAAAUUUUGCUGAUUCUCAUCGCCAGUUGGGUCGCCAUUUAUUUCGCAAUGUGGAAUGGGAUCACACAUGCCAGGAAGGUAAUUUUUUUGACCAGCUUUUGCAUUUUUUUUCAAUUCUAUGUCCUUGAAACAAAAUGCCAAGAUUUGUUAAAUUUUGGCGGGAAUCGGAAAAAUGUAAAUUUUUACACUUUCAAUUUUAUUUUCUAGGAUAUUUAUCGCUUUUUGUGAGCAUCUUACCAGUUAUGGUCAUUUUUGGAGUUUGAAACAGAAUGCCAAGAUUUUUGAAAUUUUGGCGGGAAUCGAAAAAAUUCAAAUUUUUACACCUUGAAUUUACUUUUUAUUGGAGAUUUGCACUGUGCCAUGACUGUUUUUGUGAUUUUUGACACUUUUUGAUCUUUGAAACAGAAUGCCAAAGAUGUGCCAACUUGGCGGGAAAAUUAGGAAUUCAAAUUUUUUACUUUGAAUUUGAACUUCAACGCAGUUAUUCGCUUAUUUGUUGAUUAAUUACAUCGUUUUGGACCCGUUUUUGAACUUGAAACAGAAUGCCAAGAGUUUGCGGGAAACCGAAAAUUCAAAUUUUUUGUUUAGAAAAUAAUAUUUUUGAUGUAGGAAUAAACAAUUUAUAAGGCACUGUUUUUUAAUUACUUGAUUUUAUUCGUCUUAGUGCAUCUACUUUUGCGCCAUUUUCCCGUACUUUGUCAUUGCCAUUCUGCUCGGCCGCGCCCUGACUUUGGACGGGUCUUGGGAAGGCGUGAAACACUAUUUGGUCCCAACCUUGGAGCCGUUGCUCUCGAUAACCUUGUGGAAGGACGCCGGAACGCAAGUAUUCUACUCGUACGGGGUCGGGUUUGGAACGCUGAUUGCGCUGGGUUCGCAUAAUAAGUUUAGCCAUAAUUGCUAUCGGUAAGUGGGAUAUUAAAAUUAUUGUUUAUAUUUGUAAGAAAAAUAUGAUUUUUAUUAUUAUACGAUCCUUUUUUAGUGACGCCCUUUUGUUGUGCUUUAUCAAUGUGAUGACGUCAUUUUUGGCAGGUAAGACGAAAAUUUAAUUUUUUUAUCAAAAAAUAUCGUUUUUGGAGGGCUAAAAAAUUUUAAAAAUGUAAAAUAAGAGGUUUCCAUGUAGGGUAUUCCAUUUAUAAUUUUUUUUGUUAAAGUGACAAAAAAUUUUUUUUAAUUUUUUUAAAAAUUUCAGGUCUCGCCAUUUUCGGCAUGCUUGGCCACAUGUCCCAUCUGACCGGAAAAGACAUCUCAGAGGUUGUGAAGCCGGGCCUCGGCCUCACUUUUGUCGUGUACCCCGAAACCGCAACGCACAUCCCGGGGAAACAGGUUUGGGCGGUGCUUUUCUUCAGCAUGAUCAUCAUCUUGGGCUUUGAUUCCCAAGUUUGUAUGGUGGAAGGAGUGUACACAGGAAUGGCGGAUCGAUUCCCGUAUCUGCUAAAGUACCGAAAAAUAUCGCUGUUUCUGUUUUGCCUCUUUUUCUUCGUGGUUUCACUGCCGAUGGUUACUUUUGUGAGUUUUGGGGGUUUUUUGGCUUUUUUUUUUAUUUUUUUUUUAUUUUUUUUUGAUUUUUUUUAAUUUAAUUUUUUAUUAGUUUUUCAUUUUUUAUCUUUUUUUUAUUUUUUUUGCUUUUUUUAUUUUUUUGCUAUUUUUAUUUUUUUUUUUUGAAUGUUUCAUUUUUUUUAAUUUAAUUUUUUUCUUUUUAAAUUUUUAAAUUUUGCAAUUUCUUAAUUUUUUUAUUUUCAGGCUGGAGUUCACUGGCUAAAUGUGAUCGACAGUUAUGGUGCGGCGGGCUACGCUCUGUUAUUUGUCGUGUUCUUUGAAAUUAUCGGAAUUGCCUGGGCAUUUGGCGCUGAUCGAGUUUACGAAUGUUUGUACGAGAUGACGGACAAGAGAAUUUGCCGAGGAUGGGUAUGGCUGUGGAAGUACACUUCUCCGCUGGUGGCUGCGGUAAUUUUUUCUUUAAUAUUUUUUUGAUUUUUUUUUAAUUUUUUUUAUUUUUAUUCAUUUUUUUAAUUCUUUUGAAAAUUGUUAUUAUUUUUUUAUUUUUUAUUUUAUUAUUUUUUUUAUUUUUUUUUGUUUUAUUUUUUUAUUUCCCAAAUUUCAGGGUCUAUUCGUGGUCUGCCUAGUUUUCUACACCCCUUUGGUAUAUCCAAAUGGAGAUCCAUAUGAAUUGGUCGCCGAGAUUUUUGGAUUUUGCAUCUCCGGAGCCUCCAUGAUUUGCAUUCCAAUCUACGCCAUUUACUACAUAUUUUUCAAGAAGAUAAGGCUGAACAUGAGAGAGGUGAGACCCCGAAUUUUUAAAAAACGCUAAAAAAGUUGAAAAUACCAAAAACUUACGUUUCUUUGUUGGAUUUUUUUUUAAAUUUUGGUUUUUUGUCCAGUUUUUUCCAAAAUUGCUAAUUAUUUUUCAUUUUUCAGCGUCUUCGCCGAGGAAUUCGUGUCCCCAAGACGUUUGUCCCCUGUCACACUCCUCCCUAUGCUUCGGAUGGCUCGGACGGAGUGGAUUCCUCGAGCAAUUCCCACAACACCGACCCUAAAGGUCCCAGAAAUUUGGUCCAAAAAACGCCGGUGGUUUCUGAGGGCUCUUCCGAUGAGACACAAAAUGGGUUGAAGAAGGUGGAGACUGCAAUUCGAAAGAGGAGCUCUGAUGACGGGAAGAGCUCCAAGAGUCGGCGGAGUAGAGAGGAGAAGAAAAUUGAGAGCACUCAAGCUGAAUAG